AAGGUUCUUGUGAGUUUAAGUAUACCAUUCUAACUGAGGUUGUAUAGCAAAAGUCAACUACUGUCAACAGGAUGGGACAUCCAAUGCACAGUACAGUAGGGUUUGGACUACAGAAAUCUGAAAACAAACAGAAAUCUCAAACAGAACCGAAACCAGGACAAAGUAGCCCUGCACAGUUUGCCAGUCCUGACCUUGACAGCUGAACGUGUAGAAAAGCAGCUCCGUCAGCCUGGCAGGAUAAGAUGAAAGAGGAGAAAUUCCCCAUUCCUGAAUCAGCGGAAGGACCUGUUACUUUCUGGCCUGUGAAGAAUGAGGCAUUCUGGGAGAGAUCUACACCACAGAUCCCAAGUGAGGAGACCAGUGGCUCAGAUCCAGAGUGCCAGCUCUUCAGGCAGUUUCGCUACCUGGAGACCGAGGGGCCCCGAAAGGUUUGCAGCCGACUCCACCAUCUUUGCCGUCGAUGGCUGCAGCCGGAGAAGCACAGCAAGCAGCAGAUGCUGGACCUGGUGAUCCUGGAGCAGUUCCUGAGCAUCCUGCCCCCGGAAGUGCGGAGCUGGGUGAGAGAAUGCGGGCCAGAGACCAGCUCCCAGGCAGUGGCCCUGGCGGAAGGGUUCCUCUUGAGCCAGAUGGAGGCCAAGAAGCAGACAGGGCAGGUGAGGGUGCUAGCAGAAGAGGCUGCUGGUUUUCCUGAGACUGAGAAGGAUCCACCAGAGCCCAGGUGGACGUCACUCUUUGGGGCGAUUCAGGUGGAAGAUGACAAAGGUUCCAUCUGGCCAGAUAGUGGAAGAACACUGCCUGGUUAUUUUGUUUCUCGCCCUGUUUGUGACAGAAUGAAAGCUUCGUUGGCGCAACCAGAUGAGAAUCCAGUGACCUUCGAGGACGUGGCUGUGUAUUUCUCAGAGGAGGAGUGGGCUUUGCUGGAUCUGAGCCAAAAGAUUCUGCACAGGGAAGUCAUGGCAGAAAACUGCAAGAAUCUGGCCUACCUGGAGAUGGAGAGCAUGAAAAGGGGGAAACGGAACAGAAGAGAAACUGAAGCUAGACUGCAAAAGAGCAAGAAAUCCAUUAUUUCUGGUGGUUCCUAUUUCCAUGGAAAUCUAGAUCAAGAGGAAAGUCACAUGGGAAACAAAUCAAGUAGCGGUGAUUGUGAAAAAAUAAGAAAUGGGGAGGAGUGGCUGCAAUGGUCAGCAUAUGGGAUGAGUUGGAGUCUGAGCAACAACCUUAUUUUAUAUGAAAGAUUGCACACAGAUGAAAAGUCACACAAAUGCUCAGAGUCUGGAAAGAGCUACAAUCAGAAGGAGAUCGUCACUUUAUACCGCAGACUCCAACCAGGGAAGAAACUGUACCAAUGCUGUAAGCGUGGAAAGGGCUUUAGUCAGAGCUCUUAUCAUGCUUCCCAUCAAAGAAUUCGCACACAGGAGAAAUUGUUUCAAUGCUCACAGUGUAGAAAGUGCUUUACCACCAGCUCAAGACUUGCUUCCCAUCAAAAAAUUCACAGUGCGGACAAAUCAUAUCAGUGCUCAGUGUGUGGAAAGAUCUUUAAUCACAAUUCAAGCCUUGCUUCCCAUCAAAGAAUCCACACUGGGGAGAAACCAUACCAGUGCUCAGAGUGUGGAAAGAGUUUUAGUGUCAGCUCAAGCCUUGCUUCCCACCAAAGAAUCCACACUGGCGAGAAACCAUAUCAAUGCUCACACUGUGGAAAGAGCUUCAGUGUCAGCUCAAGUCUUGCUGCCCAUCAAAGAAUCCACACUGGGGAGAAACCAUAUGAAUGCACUGAGUGUGGAAGGGGUUUCAGUGUCAGCUCAAGCCUUGCUUCCCAUCAAAGAAUCCACACUAGAGAGAAACCAUAUGAAUGCUCUGAGUGUGGAAAGAGCUUCAGUGACAGAUCAAGCCUUACUUCCCAUCAAAGAACACAUACUGGGGAGAAACCAUAUCAGUGCUCUGAAUGCGGAAAGACUUUCAGUGUUAGUUCAAGCCUUGCUUCUCAUCGAAGAAUCCACACUAGAGAAAAACCAUAUCAAUGCUCAGUGUGUGGAAAGAGUUUUACUCAAACUUCAACCCUUGCUGCUCACCAAAGAAUUCACACUGGGGAAAAACCAUAUCAGUGCUCAGAGUGUGGAAAGACCUUCUGUAAGAUCUCAAAUCUUACUUCCCAUCGAAGAACCCACACUGGGGAGAAACCAUAUCAAUGCUCAGUGUGUGGGAAAAGCUUCAGUGUCAGCUCCAGCCUUGCUUCCCAUCAGAGAAUCCACACUGGGGAGAAACCAUAUCGAUGCUCUGAGUGUGGAAAGAGCUUCAGUGACCGAUCAAGCCUUAUUUCCCAUCAGAGAAUUCACACUGGGGAGAAGCCCUAUCAUUGCUCUGAGUGUGGAAAGAGCUUCAGUGUCAGCUCAAGCCUUACUUCCCAUCGAAGAAUCCACACUGGGGAGAAACCAUAUCAGUGCUCUGAGUGUGGAAAGGCCUUCAGUCAGAGCACAAACCUUAUUUCCCAUCAAAGAACCCAUACUGGAGAGAAAUCAUAUCAAUGGUUCGAGCGUGGAAAGAACCUCAGUCAGGACGUAAGCCUCGUUUCCCACAAAAGGACCCAUAGGGGGAAACCAUAUCAGUGCUCAGAAUGUUGAAAGUGGUUCACUAGGAACUCAAGCCUUGCUUCCCAUCAAAGAAUCCACACUGUGGAGUAACCAUGAAAUGUUCUCUGUUUAAACACAUUCCGAGUUACCUCAAAGCUUGCUUCUUAUCCAGAAAUUCACAUAAUCAAAAACCUUGUGAAUGCUCAUUGGAUGGAAAGAACUUUGGUUUCAGAUGCAGCCUUGCUUUCCAUCAAUUAAUCCAAUCUUGUGUGAAACCUGCCACAAAUGUUUCCACUUUCAUUAUUUACUCUUUUUUUCCUAAUCUUUUCCUUUUUUUCUUUUUUUCAUGUUUUUGUGGAAAAAUCAAUAUGGCACUUAAUUUGUUCUGGUUGCCAAAGCACAGUGACCUUAGUUGGUCAAAGAAGGAAUGGACAUUCCCUGUUAAUUGCCUCCUUAUUAUGAAGUCAGGGGUACCCAGUGAAAAUAAUAGGCAACAGAUUCCAGACCAACCCAAGCACCUAUUUCUUUACUCACAGCAAGUGACUAAAAUGUGGGAUUCACUUUCAGAGGCUGUAUUGAUGACUGCAAACAUAGAUGGGUUUAACAUAAGAGAUUAAACAUAUUCACAGAGGGUAGAUGUAUCAGUGGCUACUAGCCAUGGUGACUAAAGGGAAUCUCCACAUUCAGGGGCGGAACGCUCUGAAUGCCAGUAGUAAGUUACAGUUUAGGGGGGAGGCUCUUGGUCUCUAUGUUAUCACUUACGCUCCAGAGCAGGGGUUUGCAACCUGCGGCUCCAGAGCUGCAUGCGGCUCUUUUGUCCUUGUACUGCGGCUCCACGUGUCUUAGGUCCUCUCAGCCUCCUUUGGAGAGCCGCCCCAAGGAUUAAUGGGAAAGAGUCCUGGUUCCUAGAGAGGCACUGCCCAAGACAGCUAUCCCUAGCCACUUGCGGCUUCCCUGUCCCAGCUGCCUGGUUGGCUGAUGCUGGUGAUGAUGGGGUGGGGCGGGGGCGGAGCACCACUGGUGGAUACUCUUGAACAGGUGAGUGGCGAAGAGUGAGAAAAGGGAGGGAGUUGCAGGAGCGCAGAUUUUCAGCGCAAUCCUAGCCUCAGUCGCCUCCCUUGAAUGGGGGAUCAGGGGUCAACUCUGCUUUGGGUGGCCUCAUUUCCCUCUCUCCCAGGUCCUUCUUGGGAGGAGGACCACAUGGUGGACCCCAGCAAUGCCACCUUGGGUUGCAGACCCCCCAGCAGCCCCGCUGAGCUCCAGGGGCCUUCCUGGCGGAUGGCAGCCUGGCUGAAUCCAGGUGAGAAAGACGAUGUCAGGUUUUA